AUGGCAACAGCAAGUCCAUUCAAUGAGGAGGAUCUGCUAUGUCCUGUGUGCCGUCAGGCCUUCAGCUUCCCAGUCACUCUGGCAUGUCAACACAGCUUUUGCGAGGCAUGCAUUCAGUCACACUGGGAAUGGAAGGGGUCCCGGCUGUGGCCGUUGCGUCGCCAUUCGGAGAAUACACGGAGACCUCCAAUUAACCUGGCACUGAAGAUAGCCUCAGACACCUUCAAAGCGCAGGCUAGUCUGAGGUCGGUCAACCCAGACAACCUUUGCUCCAUACACAGCGAGGAACUUAAAAUGUUCUGUCACAAAGAGAGCAAGCCAAUUUGCCUUAUUUGCCACAUGUCAAGGGACCACAAAGGCCAUCAGUGUGAUACCAUUCCAGAAGCAGCAGCUGCUAGAAAGAAAGCACUUUCAAACAGGUAUGAAGCAUUGAGAGAACACCCACACAGCACUGAAAACAUGAAAGGAAGUUUGGAGGAACUUGAAGCACACAUGCAGAACCAAGCAGUUCAGACAGAAGCCCAAAUCAGAGAUGAAUUUGAGAAGCUGCACAAGUUUUUGAGAGAAGAAGAAGCAGCCCGGCUGACCGUGCUCAAAGACGAGAUGGACAGGAAGGUUCAAGCGGUCAGGCAGAGGUUAGAGAACAUCAAGGAAGAUGUUGACGACAUCUCAGAGAUCAUUGAAGGCACUGAAAGCACUUUACGGUCAGAUGAUUUAUCAUUCUUAAAGAACUGGCAAGAAGCUAUAAGAAGGAUUUGUUACCCAAUAGAGGAAGUACAGUAUCCACAAGGUGCUCUCAUAGACACUGCUCAGUACCUGGGAUCAUUAAAAUACGGAGUCUGGAAAAGGUUGGCAGGAGAAGUCAAGUCCUGUCCCAUUGCUCUUGAUCCCAACACAGCCCAACCUAACAUGAUCCUGAGUGAUGAAGUCAUGAGUGUGCGUUACGGAAAGAAGCAGCAGCUCCCAGACAACCCCGAGUGCUGCUCCAGUCGCCUGGCGGUGCUGGCAUCCACUGACUUCACGUUGGGAAAGCACUGCUGGGAUGUGGAGGUGGGGGAUAGUCAGGAGUGGUACAUUGGCGUGGCACGCGAGUCCAUUAAAAGGAAGACGGCCGUUUUCCUCAACCCGGCAGAGGGAUUCUGGGUCACUGGGCUGAGUAAUGGGGAGACGUACUGGGCCCAGACAUCUCCUCGCACACGGCUUGCGCUGAAGAAGAGGCCCCAAAGAAUUACUGUGGAACUGGACUAUGAGAAGGGGAAAGUUGCAUUCCUCAAUGCUGUGGAUGGGAGUAUUAUAUACAUGUUCAAAGACAAGUUUACAGAGAGGAUCUUUCCUUAUUUUAGCCCAGGGAUUCAUGGCGAUGGUGAAAAUGCACUUAGAAUUUGUCCUCUAAAGGUAUCCAUAACACUCAACUAGGAUACACAUAGCUGAUCAAAAUGAAGGUAUGAAAAACUGUGCAUGAUUUAGGCUUAGCAUUCAGUAUAAUGCACAAAACAUAUAGUAGACAAUUCCUGAAGUAAUGUCAUCAGUGGGCAGUGUGGCAUUGAGCACAUAAGGCUAAAAAAAAGAUGAAUGGCUAUUGUUGGGAUUUAGAUUGCCAUGGGAGAAUAGCAAAUUAAAUACUAGUGUAAAAAAGCACAAAGAUAAUUUCUUUGUGUAUGUAUAUACAUAUAUGUAUACAAGCUGAUGAAGGAAUUCUGUCAAACAUUUAUCUGGAAACCAUAUGGUGUACUUCACUACAACUUCAAACAUCUGAUACCUCUUACAUACUGCAGCUACUCACCUGGAAUCUACUUCUGAUUUAGAAGCACUUUGCUUACAGCUGAUGGACCUCUGUCCGAAAACCUUCUCUCGAAACAGUGUAUUUCACUACAAUUUUGAAUAUCUAUCCCUAUAUACACAUACAUAUGAAAACAUAUGCAGUACAUACAUAGAGAUGAAUAAUCAUCUUUUUUACACUAGUAUUUAACUUCACUAUCCUAUUCUCAGUGGUUAAGGUAAUUAGAAGAUUGCCACUGUUGGGCCCAUGAGCAAGGCCCUUAACCCUCAAUUGCUUGA